AUGACAACAGAACUCAAUUUCAAAGAACAAGCACUUCUGCAAAUACAAGAUCGGCCAAAUGCACCGUUUCAUUCAGGAUGCAAAAUGUUUACGUGGACUUGUAAUGAAAGUCCGAUUAAAAACUUUACAUCCAUUGAAUUCGUUAAUGAAUACACUGCUUUCUUGUCAAUCAAAAUCAAACAGCAUUCGGAAGACUUUAAUCCGAGUAAAAUAAUAUCGAACCAUUUAGAUGAAUGGCAUGUCCUUUUGAAUCGAUAUCAGCUAAUGGAAUCAUGCCAUGGCGAAAUCAGCAGUAAUAAACAUAUGAUUCUUGAUCAAAAACAGUUUACUUUUAUGCCACGUGCUAUAUACCAAAUUCGUUUCUUUCUUCAACAACCAUCACCCAUCUGGAAAGAGUUUUCAAUUGUGAAUGUUCAAAUUCAUAGUCAGUCAAGUCUAUCGAAAGAUCGCAAACCAUCAAUUGAGCGUUUACUUGCUAGUACCUUGAUCAAUGAUGAUCAAAUGACAGAGACGACAUUUAUCAAAAUACCACUGAUCACUGAACUCUCGCAACAUCUUCAAGCAAUGUGGACAAUCUGUGCUAAAAUGCAUCAGUCGGAUUAUGGUUCCGAUCAUGUCAAACGCUUCGAUAUCGAUGGUUCAUACGAUGUGCAAAUACUUUCUUCUACAUAA